CCUUUCAUCCCAUUCACUUGGUCAAGAUGCCUUUUGGUACUACUGUGAAGCUCAACGAUGGCAACGAGAUGCCGGCCAUAGCGUUUGGUACCGGAAGCGCCCUGUAUCGCAAGGACGCGACGGAAUACGUCGAGCAAGCCCUAGAGACGGGUUUCUCGCACAUCGACACAGCUGCAAUCUAUGGCAAUGAGGAUAGCGUCGGGAAAGGUAUCCGGGGAAGUGGGCUUGACCGCUCCGAUUUGUACAUCACUACUAAAUACGAUGGGGGUGACAUCCAAGAGGCUAUCCGCACCAGUCUGUCAAAGCUAGAUAUCAAGUCCGUCGACUUGUACCUGAUCCACUUUCCGCGGCUGGUGGAGAACAACUUGGAGGCCUCCUGGAAGGAGUUCGAGAAGAUCAAAGAGGACGGGCUGGCGAAGAGCAUCGGCGUGAGCAACUUCAACCUCGAACAGCUGCAGAAACUGGUAAAGACCGCCAAGGUCGUGCCGGCCGUGAACCAGAUAAACUUCCACCCGUACAACUACGCCGAGCACAAGUCCCUCCUCGACUACUCCGCCAAGCACGGGAUCGUCACCGAGGCGUACAGCAGCCUCACCCCCGUAACGAAGACUCCCGGCGGCCCCGUCGACGCGCCCGUCGCAGCCGCCGCCAGGCGCCUCGGCGCGACGCCCGUGCAGGCCAUCCUCAAGUGGGUGCAGCAGAAGGGCGUGGUGAUUGUGACGACGAGCUCGAGGAAGGAGCACUUGACGGAGUACCUCGCCGUCGCGGGCCUGCCGGACCUGACGGACGAGGAGAUCGCCGCCAUCGACGCGGCGGGCGCCAAAGGCCCCCCGUCUUCGAAGAGGCAGAGGCUCGGGAGGGCGUUGGCGGCGUUUAUGGUUUUGUAUCUUGGCGUGCGCGCUCUCGUGGGGAGCGUGAAGCUGUGGGAGACGGUGUUGACCAAGUAGGCUUGCACAUGGGGUGCCUGGCACUAGAGUGGCAUGGCGGAUGUAGACUGAGCACUAUUACUGCUUGUAUUUGAGGUAGACUCUACUCUGCUUAUACAGAGUUCUGUAACA